AAUGCGGCUACCUUGGUGGGGUGAAGGGCCUGCAGUUGGCCUCAGUUCUGUGAUGCUUCAACUGCCAUUCCGCUUGUUAGGUACGAAAUUACUGUGGUGGACAUGGCACGAUACUGAUCCAACAAUCAAAGACAGAAUGUUCUGGACUCCGUGGAGCUCUUUGUACUUUUAUGCCGCGUGUGCUUGUUCUUUUGCAUGGAUGCUUCGACUUACUAGACGCUUAUUGCUUGAAAAGGAGUAUGACUGGAUGAAAUUCCCAAGAGAACUGACGUGCUCAUUUCUAACUGGAGUACUGUCGUACUGGCUAGGAACUGCGCAGUUCUCGCUCCUUUACUAUCCAUUACAUGACUUCGGGGUUCGUUUUCCCAGUUUCAAAAGUAUAGACUGGAGAGUGCAUACCGAAAUUAUCACAAUUGUAUUCUUUGCCUUCUACGCCCUUUUGGUCUUCGUUGCUGAUAGGAAUAACGUGGAUUUGGAAGCUAGGAAUGGCAUGCGUUACUGGUUUGAUGAACUUUCUUGUGCGAUAACGUUGGAGUAUAUCUUUCUUAUGGUGUUAGUUGCCACAGCAGAUCCUCUUAGUGUCGUUAGCGAGGGCCUCCAUCAGCCCAUUGGACCAUGCAAAACAAUGGAAAGUGUUCGCGCACCAGCUGGAUUGACACUCCAGAGAGAGAAGUAUCUGUGCGCUAAUAAGUUCCGACAGAAUUACUUUGACUUCCACUGUGUUCCAAACGGUACUCCUCAACAGGCAAGACACAUUUCUCAAAUACAAGAUGACGGUACAGGGGUGCUGCGUCCUCUGGAAUACUAUGCUAUAUGUGGGACGGAAUUCAAGAAUCGCGCUGAAUACGUCACCAUCAUCUGGUCGUGUUGUGCUAUUUUCGCUAUGUUCUUCUAUCAAAUGGCUGCUUGUUCAGGACCAACACCCAUUGAUCCAGUU